GUAUGAAUAUACAUUAUGCAUAAAAUGUGCUUCGGUUCAGUUUAUGAAGGAGUCAAUUCUUGGGCCUAAGAUCAUAGUUGCCAAGGAUUCAACCGUUAUCAUUACACGAAUACAAUUUUUAUACUGUGUUGGAAUUUUUAAAACAUGUUAAUAGGUCGGAAAAACGAGAAGACCGCAAUUAUGGACUACGAAAUGUUUCAACCCUGUUUUUAUGAAAACGAACCAGAGACCAUUUCACCUAGCUCUCUGCCAAAUGAGGAUAUGUGGAAAAAAUUCGAAUUGCUACCGACGCCGCCUUUGUCACCAAGACGGGAUGAUGACUACGACAUGAAUUCAUUGGAUUUGGAAGAUUUUAACCUGAUUUUUGACGAGUUCUUUGAGAAAGAGAGUGCAAUUCCCAAAAUAAUGACGUUAUCAGAGACUCCACCGAAUUUGAAUUCCAACCUCAUUCAAGAUUGUAUGUGGUCUGGUGAUUCUGGAAGGUAUCCUACUGGUGACAAGAAUGCUGCUUGCCCUGAUGUCAACUCUGCUGACUGUGUAGAUCCAGCAGCUGUCUUCCCCUACCCCAUCCACAGUCUAAACAGCAUUCACAGUGAAACUAAGCUCCAUAGCUUGGGGACAGAAACACCGUCAGACUCGGAAGAAGAAAUUGAUGUUGUCACUGUAGAGAAGAAGCAACUGCAGCAAGUCCCAGUUGCACCAACAAAGAAGACCGUAUUUACAGUGCAGAGUGUGAAAACCGAAAGAUUGGAUGGACAUGAUGAAAAAUUUGGUGCUGCUAAAACAACUGUCACUGUUAAAGUGAAAGUUGACUGCCCUACAGAUGAACAUCCAUACAGUUUACCAGUGUCAUCACUCAAACGUGUUCGGUCUCUCCCAAAUUCUCCCUCUAUGUCGCCUUUACCUUCAAAGAGGUGUAAAAGAGAACUUAGUGACAGAGAUAUGAAAAAAGUGUGUCAUAAACUCAGGGCAAGUGGAAGUAGCAGUGCUUCUUCAAGUCGGAAUUCCUCAGACUCUGAAGAUUACCCUGAGGGUAAAAGGACUCAACACAAUGUGUUAGAACGUAAAAGAAGAAAUGACCUCAAAUUCAGUUUUUUCAGUCUCAGGGAUAGUGUACCAGAACUUGUUAAGCAGGAACGUGCACCAAAAGUUCAAAUUCUCAAAAAGGCAUCAGAGUACAUCCGAAAACUUACUGCUGAUGAACGUAGACUUGAAAGUGAAAGAGAAAUGCUACAGGAAAAACAUGAACAGCUAAGACGGACUUUAGAAAAGCUUCAUGCUAGGGAGUUUUGAUGUGAGAAUAGCUAAUUUUGCUGUUGAAAUGUGCUGGAAUAUUAGGGCAAAUUUGUGUUCUCCUCGUAUAUAACCCAUAUUGUGUUCAGAUGACAUUUUUAUCGUGUUGGCAUUUCAUAAAGCACUGCCACAAACUUUGAUGCAAGUGUUUUGACUAUUUUGCUAAUUAUUCAUUCUUUUGUUUUCUAAUGUUAUACACAUCUAUAUAUACCUAUAUCUUUGUUAAUACUGCCUGUAGAAAGAGUUGUACACAGGAUUUCUUUUGUUAAUGAUAUAAAUUUUUGUUGCUACUCAAGUGAUUCACAACUUUUUUGUCUUUGUAGUUCGUGUAGAUUGCAUUUAAAAGUACUCUUGUUUUAAACAUGCCAACCAUUGAAUAGUGCAUUGUUAAGAUUUGAAAAUUUUAUUGUAAGAUACAAUUUUUUGUGUUUCAAUGUCUGCAGAAAGCAGUAAUGUGGUUUCUUAGUAUAUGUUUGGUUGAUGCUUAUUUUAGUACCUUUUAUUUGUAUAAGUUUGUUACCCAAUAUUGUUUGAUAUUAAUUGUACAGUGAAUUAUGUUGCACCUCGAUUUAAUCCAAUGAAAAUUGAAACAUGACACUCAAAAAAGUAUUGGUUGUAUUUCUUGUCAUAUGUUUCAUAGAAAUACAUCCUUUUGCAUUUAUGGAAAUUGUUUUGUUUUAUUGAGCAAUGAGGGAUAUGAAAUUAUGUGAUGUAAGGUGGUGUACGUGAAUUAUGUUUUAUAUUCAUCUAGACCUUUUCAACUUGUUCUGUAGAAUUCAUAUAUUUUGCAUAAGUUUUCAUAUAUGUACCUUGCAGUGAUACGAGUGUGGUAACAAUUUGAUUGGCUUUCAUCUUUAUAUUAUGCUACCUGCACUAUUCUACAAUCUUGCUUCACCUCAUUUGGUCUAAUAAAUUCAGAAUACCCUUA